AUGCAUUCGCGCCUGCAUCUCUGCCGCCUCAGGCGUCACUGUAUACGGUUGCCCGGCACAUCGGCCAAGCUGGGCUGCCGGGCGCCGGUCCGAGGCGCGGCGCAGGCUCCUCUGCGGCCAGUGCCGCGUGGUUGGCUCCACGCGAGCGGAGCCCACGCGGCGAAGCAGCGCAAUCACAGGCUGACUGCAGAGGAGGAGCAGGAGUUGGUGGAAGGUGCGCCCACAUCCACAUUGCCAGGCCUAUCCCCGGAGUGCUUAGCAGCCGAUCCAGAGGCGGCAGCCAUCACCCUUGCGGAAGAGGGUCUGCUGCGCUUGAACGGCAUACUGGGCACGGGCAUGGCCGCAGCUCUGCACGAACAUGUUGAUGACAUGCUGAAGCAAAGCAUACAGAGUGUAGCCGAUGGUUCCAUGCCCUAUUCAAGUUUGUUUGGAGAGUUUAUGUGCCGUGAGCACAGAUAUGAUCUGCUAUUGCCUCUUGACGCCGUGGUUUUGCGGACAGUGCGUCAUGUGAUUGAUCGUGUGUCCCCUCUUCUCGAGCAUGCGAUUGGCGAGGAUUGCACGAUGUGCGAGCUUGAAGCGAUUGUGAAUGAUCCGGGCUCCCAUGCGCAGCCAUUGCACUUUGACACGGAUUUGGCUUCUGUCAGGGUGGCCAUGCUAAUUGCGUUGCAAGAUGUCACGCCCUCGAUGGGUCCUACUGCGUUUUACCCGUGCACAAAUACCGCUGAGUGGCAUAUUAUUUACAAAACCAGGGGUCAAGAGUUAGAAGACCUCCUUGGGUCCUUCCCACGCGUUGUAGCAGAAAUGUCUGCUGGCGAUGCUUUUGUGUAUGAUACACGGGUUUUGCAUUAUGGUGGCGCGAACACCAGUCAUGUUCCAGCCGAUUCAGGGAACACACAAGACCCCGCAGGUGGCAAAGCCCUUGCCGCUGUUGCAAGCACUGGCGUUGGAACACGGAGAACGAUGUUUGGCAUAUCGUUCCAGGUCGAAUCCGGAUGUUUUAGAACUGACAACGCCAACAUGAGACGAGAGUACCGAAGCAAGUAUCGAAUAGCAGAAGCUUGCAGAUGGACCCCAAGUUGA